AUGCCCAUGACAUGGAAUGACCAGAGCGACGCAAAGCUCCUCGUCGCGAUUCUGCACACCACCAGCGCGAAGCUCGAUUACGCCGCCAUCGCGAAAUACAUGGGACCAGAGUGCACCAAAAUUGCCGUCCAAACCCGCCUUACUCGUCUCAAGAAGCAGGUUCACGACGCUUCCGACCCUGCUGCCGCUGGUGCUGGUAAUGAGGGUUCUACGCCGGUGACCCCUGAAAAACGAAAGAAGGGUGCUAAGGCGAGCUCUAAGAGCAAAGAUGAAGAUGUGCUGAAGAGGCCGACGAAAAAGGCUAAGAGUGAGGAGGAUAAGGAGGAUAUGGAGACCGAGACUGAGGAGAGUGGUUAG